AUUCAGGAAAAAAAUACAACUUUUUCGAUAAAGUUGCUCCAACACCACGACUCGACUCGACGUACGAUUCCCAGCCAACCACCAUCGCCGCAGUAAACCUUAUACCGUCCCCCAUCCGAUACGACCAUCCCCAGCAUUUCACAGCUGUGCUUCAUCGCCAUCCCCAUCGUCAGUCACUAUUCUUGUGCGAACAGCGAACAGCCCACCACUCUGCUCAAUCGUUUCAGCAUCAUUCUGUUGAUAGCAAUAGCGAUAGCGAUAGCGAUAGCAUCAUCAGCAAUAGCUUCCAGCAUUCGCCUGCUCUUGCACUCCAUCCAGUCCGCGUUAUUGGCCGCGUAAGAAAAAGAAACAAAAAACACUUCGAAAGAAGGAGAACGCGACCGUGAUCGGCCAAUCUCCCUCCCUCCAUCUGGUCCACCGACGACGACGACGACGACAACGAUAAUUACGACGAGACGUACCUUUCUCUACCUACCGCCUUUGCCUCCAGUUGCCAAGUCUUCUCUCAUUGCUGCUGGCCAUUUCUGGAGCUGCAAGCAACAGAAGAGGAAUCCGCCCAAAUCAACGUGCGUGUGUUUCCUGGUACUGCUGUACUAUAGCAAGACAGCCUCAUUUUCAAGAUCAAGAUGGCUACAAAUCUCCCUUCCACCUUCGCGUCGGCCGCAGCCGGACAAAAUUCCAAUCGCGACGCAAGAUCCGGCAGCAGAGGUGACGGACGUGGGAAUGCAAGCGGAGAGUGGUCUCGCCCGGCACGCACCAUGAAUGGCACCAUGACUUUCCGCCGCACAUCUACGACGCCUUCAAGCCAAGCCCUGAACCAAUCAAACUCGUCAGAACCCGUGUCUGUUUCAGACGACCCUUCCGUUCUCGCAGCUAUGCCCGUUGGUUCUACAGUCGUCGAAGACGCUGCGCCGAGGAGGUAUUCCCGCGAGGAUAUGCUAUCCAUGUUCAGCCAUGUGCAACAGGAUUUGCGCUCACAGCAGCCUGAUGUUUCCGCUAUUUUUGUGUCCGGCUGGAGUCCGGGUCACGCUAAUGGCGUAUCGACUCGCGGAUGGGGCAAAUCCAAUGACUCGCACGUGCUUCCUCAAGAGCCCGACAUUUGCUGGGAUGCGAGUGGCUCUACAAAGGCUAUAGGCUUGCAAGACAUGACAAGUGAGGAAAAAGAUGCCUUCUUGGACGUCAACUCCACCAUGAAGCCCCCGGCGGCCCAGAACAAGGAAGGGGUCCAUCCGGGGGGAGGCAUGAAUGGUCGGAAGACUUCUCUGUCCCAGGGUACCUCUAGCAGCUUCGGGUUGCCUUCAGCUUCGAAUACCUCCCGUCCAGGUACACGGCGUCGUGAAACAGGAGACACCAAUCCGUUUUCUGGGGCCGGUGGUUUAAACUCACCCAUCUCCGCGAAUCGCCCUUCGCGAGACAAUGGUUCACUUUGGUUGGAUCGAAAGAAUACCGAUGCCAAGGAUUCAUCAAUGUGGGAGGAACCCGAAGAGGACCUGGGGACGAGGGAUACUACAACCAAGUCCAUGCCAUUUGGUGGUCUCAUUCGUACCAGUACAAAUACUAGUACGACACCAUUUGGUGCUUCUUCUCCGUGGCAAACGACCCCGUCGGGCGGAUCAUCCGGGUUGGGCAGUUUUGGGAACUUUGCACUGCCUGGCUCCACCAUCGGGGAGAAACGUCCUGGAACUACACGAGGUGAGAGUCGUUUGGCUCAUUUGAUUCCAAGAGACACAUCAGAAAACUCAUCUAACAAAUUGGGCGAUGGCCCCACCGCUGCCGAUUCAAGUCGGACAUGGCGCCCCCGCCCACGGACUGAUACGGAUCCAUUUGGCGACGAGGGCCUCUCUGGAAGUGCUGUGUUGGGCGGCGCUCAAGACACGAGCCCUCCAGCGGUGCCUCAGCCUCAACGUCACUUGCACUCGUAUGAUACACCGAUCAAAGGAUCCGCUAGUGAUUUCGGUAUGUCUGGACUGAACCUUGGUGGUCAUGGCGACCAUGACCCGACUCCAUUAAGUCCGUCAGAAACGAAUCCUUUUCGAAGUCCCCCGGGAGACCGCGGUGACCAUGAUGAGAUUUUGGAUAAGUCCCAGGGACUUGGUGUCGACCAUGGCCUGAAUUAUGGUGGUGGGGUGCUACGGUCGUUCCCUCAUAGCGCCGUAGAUGGAAGUGAUCGAAGCCAGACGUCUAGUGUCAGCGCCAAGGCCUAUCCUUUGGGCAAUCUCUCUGGGUGGCCAUCCUCCGGUACCCCAGACCGGGAGAGAGCCCCGUUCGGCGGGUUUGGUGGCUCCCUAUUCGGCCAAAUGGGCGACAUGCAAUCACCCGGACUCGGUAAUCUUGGAGGUGUGUUCGGUCCUGCAACAACAGGAAGUCUUAGUGGGACCGGGUCUUUGAGCCGUGGCAGCAAGCUGGGCUCUUUAUUCCCGGCGGCCAUGCAAGCGCAGAUGCAGUCACAUGAAAAUGAAAAUUUGGGAGAUUCGAUGCCUGAUAUCCGCCAGCCCAAUCCCCUCGGUGCAAUUGGACGCAACCCCCUGAACGACCAUGGGAGGGAAAUGGAGAGUCCUAUGAGAUCUGGCAGAGGGGUUUUUGCGAAUAUGUUCGCCUCUCAUGCUGAGGCGAGUCGUACACCAGCAGCUACAGAUCCCAUGCUUCAUGGUGGCAUUUCCGCUGCCCCAGGCCAAUCGUUUACCGCUACGAGCAGCACUCCUGCCUAUGCAGCCAUGCAGUCUUCUGAACCACCCUCCGCUCAAGCGCGCACCAUGGUUAUGCCAGAUCGCAUGCGCUGGACGUAUCUUGAUCCUCAGGGCAGUGUCCAAGGUCCAUUCACUGGUUUGGAGAUGAACGACUGGUAUAAAGCCAAUUUCUUCACGCCGGACUUGAGAGUCAAGAAAUUGGAAGACGUGGAGUUUGAGCCACUGGGUCAACUGAUCAGGCGCAUCGGGAACUCCCGUGAGCCAUUCUUGGUCCCCCAGAUUGGCAUCCCUCAUGGACCUCCAGCACAAGGCGGUCCAUUCUCCCCCAAUGCUAGCGGUGUAAUCCAGCCUCCUCUCUUGGCCGCCUUUCCUAGUUUUGGAAGAACCUUGACCGCCGAGGAGCAGAAUAAUCUAGAGAGGCGCAAACAGGAAGAGCAGUAUCUUGUAGCGCGCCAGCGCGAAUUUUUCUCUAGCCAGCAGGCAAUGGGUCGGAUGCCGAUGCAAGGCGUACCUGGCCUGAACCACCAUUCCAGUGCCCAUAGUCUACACAGCCAGCCGAGCUUUGGAAGUAUAACAUCCCCCAUCACGGCACCUCCCCAGGCUCCCAUCGGCCCAAUCGCUACAGGGAAUUCUUUUUUCGAUUCGCUAGCCACACGUCAACCCGCCGCGCACGGUAACUCUGGUCCCCUCCCCGAUGUUUUUCGCGAGGAUGAAUUGACCGGUGCCGAGCGCCAGGUGCUGGCUAGCAUGCACAACACGGGAGCGUUAGGCGGGAACCUCCCUCAACAAUCCAUUGACGUAACUUCACCCGAAUCUGGUAAUCAGACUCAACUGCCCGAAGCCAGCGAGCUUACCGACGACCAUGAAGGAUUCCGCGACAGGCUGCAAGAAUUCAAACAACUUCGCGCACAACACGAUGCGGAGACCCUGGAGCAGAAUUUUACACAAGGCUCUCAACAAGCCGGAGAUGAAACAGUGUCUCGGGCCGCCAGACAAGCUGAGGCUUCUGACCCCUCAUUCACAUCCGAGCGACCCAGCGAGCUAGACACUGUGCGACAAGCCCACAAGAAAGAGCCCGCGACGGUAAGCAAAGAGUUCAAGGAGUAUCAGCAGGCUCAAGCUGCGGCAGCGGCAGCAAAACUAACCGGGUUGCCUAUGCCGUUCCCACCACCGCCCUCGGGCACUCCACUUCCCGCACCUGCUCCUCAGCGCGUUCGCUCCAACCUGCCAGAGCAAUAUGCCACUAGUUCUCGAUCUGGUACUCCGGAUGUUAGUUCGGCGACAUCUACACAGAUUCCUCCUCUCGCCCCGUGGGCGAAAGACGGUGGUGUAGAAUCACACAAAGGUCCAAGCCUCAAGGAAAUACAGCAAGCCGAGGCUCUGAAGGCCGCCAAGGCAGAAGAGGCUGCAGCUCUAGCACGACGCGUCAUGCUCGAGCAGGAAGCAGCGCGUGAGCGUGAGAAGGCAGCAGCAGUGGCACCUGGUCUCCCGACCUCAAGCACUUGGGGCACUGCAUCUCCAGUCAGCGCCGGGCCAGUAAGCAGCCCUUGGAUCAAACCCACGGUCGGGAAAGGAACGGUGCCGAGCUCAUCUACACCAAGCGCCUCAUCUGACAAGAAAAAGACACUGGCAGAUAUCCAGCGCGAGGAGGAGGCGCGGAAGCAGAAGGCUCGGGAUCUCGCAGCACAAAGUGGACUAACGGCAUCAGGGGGUAAACGCUACGCCGAUCUUGCCAGCAAGACUGGUGCACCAAGCGUCCCGGGUGCGCCCAGUGGUAAUCAAGCAUCUCCAGCACCAGUCGGCUCCGGUUGGGCCACAGUUGGGGCAGGCGGCAAGGUCAAAGCGCCCCCUACCGGCCCCGCCUCACAGGGUCGCUCAGCCAGUUCAGCCGGGCUCAAGCCCGCGACUAGCGCCCCGGCCCCUUCGCCUCGUCCGACGGUAAAAAACACGGCAUCAACAGCAGGCAGUGGUCGAACGGAGGCUGUGGAUGAGUUCAACAAGUGGCUCAAUAGCCAACUAUCUCGAGGCAUUACCGGUGUUACGGACAUUGAUACAUUCGCAUCGACUCUGGUGGCUUUCCCGUUGGUGCCUGAGAUCAUCUCAGACGCCAUCUACGCCAACUCGAAGACCAUGGACGGGCGCCAUUUUGCGCAGGAGUUUAUCCGACGCAAGAAGCUCGCAGAGAAGGGCAUCGUGGAGAAGCAGCCAGUCAACAGCCCGUCGACGGAUGCUCAGUCCGCCAGUGGGGGUGGGUGGAACGAGGUGGCCAAGAAGAGCAGCCACAAGGACAACACCAGCGACACAAGCUCGAUUCAAGGUGCAGGCUUCAAGGUAGUCCCGUCUCGCAAGAAGGGCAAGAAAUAAAGGGGGGUGAUUUAGGAGCAAAAAGUAGGUGGUGGUGGUUGAGAGGAAUGUCCGUCUACUGAUGUCUACUGAUGUCUACUGCCGGACGGCGAUACUUGAUGUACGGCAAGCCGGGUGAUGUGAUACGACAGUGUUACCCAUGAGUGUAGAAACUUGUCAAGCAUGCUGCAUCGCAUCAGCCUUGUACAUAGUACACGGCUGUAUCUGAAGUUGGACGAGGAAGAAAGAAGCUGACUGUAGUUGCUGAGCGCUAGCGAAGAUGCCUUGUUGAGCGAAUUGUAUCGACUAGGCUGAAUGAAUUUGCUGAGCACAUUGCAAUGCUACCUCCUGUCUGAGUGAUAAGGUAACAGAUUCAGGCUGACUAUCAGCAAUAGAAUGCAAUCUACCAUGCUUAAUACACGGUGGACUAGUAUAAAUAAUCCUACGUGAACACACGCUUUAUAUAAUUACCUACCCUACAUUGGCGGUUACCUAGCAAGGGUUGAG